UAGUGUGAGCUGAGGAAAUAAAGCACUCUAUAGUCUGUAAGCGUUACUAUACAACAGCUAUUUUUUUCACUAUGAAGUGUUUGCUGUGGCUCCUGUUUAUGGACCAAUACUGUAGCCACUGACAGUCGACAGGCUUCGUCUCUUUUUCAGUCGGUUUGGGACAGUCGUUACAAUGGGAGACGGAGGACAAAGAAGCAAAUGGAAGUACUGGUGGAUUGCUCUGCGUUUCUUUUUGCUGAUUUUCUUCAGCGAGCAGGUUUUUGCUCAGAUAAGGUACUCUAUUCCAGAGGAGGUGAAAGAAGGAUCCAUUGUUGGGAAUGUUGCUAAGGAUUUAGGCUUUGAUGUCAGUACUUUGGUGGACAGGCGAUUCCGUAUCGUUUCUGGGGCUAAAGACGCUUUUUUACAGGUAAACCAGAACAAUGGCGUUUUGUAUGUUCAUAAGAAAAUUGACAGGGAGGAAAUAUGUAAUGGAAAUACUGUCUGCUUAAUUAAUCUCAAAAUUGCAGUGGAAAAUCCACUUGAGCUACAUUAUAUUGCAGUAGAAAUGACAGAUAUAAAUGAUAAUUCGCCAGUCUUCCCGGAUAAACAGCAACAUUUCGAAAUAGGCGAACAAACGGCAUUAGGGACUCGAUUCCAGGUGCAAGCAGCACGUGACCCUGAUAUAGGCAUCAAUUCUGUACGAUCUUACAGAUUAAGCCGCAAUGACAAUUUUGAAAUAGAUGUUAGAGACAGCGAUGAGGACAAAAUUCCAUUUUUAGUUUUGAGAAAAUCUCUUGACAGAGAACAUAAUAAUAAGCAUGAUUUAGUGUUAACGGCUAUCGAUGGAGGUAACCCGCCAAGAUCAGGCACUUUGAAUAUUACUGUGAACGUGCUUGAUUCUAACGACAAUCGUCCUGUGUUUAGCCAAGAUACUUAUUCAGUGACUAUACAGGAAAAUGUCCCAAAGGGGACUGUUGUGAUUAAAUUAAAUGCGUCAGAUCUGGAUGAAGGAAUGAAUGGUGAUAUUGAGUAUUCCUUUGUUAGAAAUCUCAAGCGUAAAGUAUAUGAUCUAUUUGAUUUGGACCAUAUAAGUGGUGAGAUAAGAGUUAAAGGAGAGGUUGAUUUUGAGGACACAGAAGUUUAUAAAUUAGAUGUACAAGCUGCAGACAGAGGCCAGCCCCCAUUAACCGUCGAAUGCAGAGUCAUUAUUAAGGUAUUAGACGUCAAUGACAAUAAACCCGAGAUCGAGAUCACAUCCUUAUCAAACUUAGUUCCAGAGGACACGAAACCUGGAACAGUUAUUUCUUUAAUAAGUGUCACAGAUAAAGACUCUGGACUUAAUGGAAAGGUUUUGUGUAAAUUGUCAGACAAUGUGCCUUUUGAAUUGAAACCAUCAAUUCAAGAGAAUAUGUAUUCUUUGGUUACAAAACUUAACUUGGACAGAGAGACGAGAGACACGUUCGAAAUCACAAUAACAGCCACUGAUUUAGGUGAACGUCCUUUAUCAACGUUCAAAACCUUAAGUGUGCAAAUAUCAGACAUUAACGACAACUAUCCAGAAUUUCCAAAAAAAUCUAUGGAACUGUACAUGAUGGAAAACAAUGCCCCCGGGGCGUCAAUAUUUUCAAUAAGCGCAUCUGAUAAAGACUUGAACGAAAAUGCUGCGUUAGCUUAUAAAAUUAUAAGAAAUAACGAUGCACAAAAGGACAUGGCUUCAUUUCUUAACAUUAAUUCUGAAACAGGCGUCAUUUAUGCAUUAAAAAGUUUCGACUUCGAAGUAGUCAAGAUGUUCCAGUUCCACGUGCUCGCUACUGAUUCUGGAACUCCACCACUGAGCAGCAACGUCACAGUGAACGUGUUCAUUUUGGAUCAGAACGACAACGUUCCAGUGAUCUUAUAUCCAGUCAGCUCUAACGGAUCUGCUGAAGGUGUGGAGGAGAUUCCCCGCAAUGUGAACGCAGGACAUUUGGUGACUAAAGUGAGAGCCUAUGACGCAGAUAUAGGAUACAACGGCUGGCUAUUAUUUUCACUGCAGGAAGUGAGUGACCACAGUCUGUUUGGUUUGGACCGCUAUACGGGACAGAUAAGGACCCUUCGCUCAUUCACAGAAACAGACGAGGCUCAGCAUAAACUGGUCAUACUGGUCAAAGACAAUGGCAACGUUUCACUUUCAGCAACAGCGACUGUGAUUAUCAAAGUUGUGGAGCCCAAAGAGGCUUUUGCAGCUUCUGAUGUUAAAAACACAGUAAAAGAUGAAGAGGACAGUGACGUCACAUUUUAUCUGAUCAUCACUCUGGGCUCAGUUUCAGUGCUUUUUGUGAUCAGUAUCACUGUACUGAUUGUAAUGCAGUGCUCCAAAUCUACAGACUAUUCCUCCAAGUACUUAAAAGAUACAAAUUAUGACGGGACACUGUGUCACAGCAUCCAAUACAGAUCAGGAGAUAAACGGUACAUGUUAGUUGGACCCAGAAUGAGUAUCGGUUCUACUAUAGUCCCGGGCAGUAAUGGGAAUACUCUAGUGGUACCAGAUCGUAGGAGGAGAACUUCUGGAGAGAAUUUUCGAACAGAGGGAGACAAUAAGCACGGAAGACACAUCGAUGUAAUAAAACGACAGCUGUAG